AUGUGGAGAUUCAUUAUAGUGUUGUAUCUUCUAGCUUUAAUCGGAAAUGGAACCUCGGGGAGACCGGCGAUAUGGAGGAAAGAUUUUGGACGGUUGCAUGGUUUACAGAACCAGCUUCAACGUGGUCUUGUUCCUCCCUCACAACCCUCUUUAUGCCACAAUAGAGUAAACACUCUUUCUCAUCAAGAAGUUUACUCUUCCAAAUCUUAUGUUCUUUGCCCAUGAUCAUUGCUUAUUCAGUUGUUGAGGUAUUAUGGUUAUCCCAACUUUGUUUGUUUUUCUUUUUGUUGUUGAAUUAUUAGGAGGGUCUGGGCUAAAGUCCGUAAUCUCCCAGACCCGAUAUCACAACAUGUAAUAUUAGUUUCGUCUCAACCGUCACUCGAUCCU